UUUGUUGAUUUUCACUUACCACAAGGUAGGCCAAUUCAUUACCCAUAUUAACAAAAAUGAUAUUUUGAGCAUUUAAUCCCAAAUAAGCUAUUUUGAUAGAUUCAGUGGGGAUUAGAAGCCGCCUGAGGCAUAUCCCAGCUGUGCAAGUGCAUACAAUCUACUUGCCCAAAGAAACCAUAUCGGACUGGAGACCUCCAGAAGCAAACAGAAAAUGUUCUCACACUGAACUAUUUUUCCAUUGUUUCCCUCCUUCAUACAACUAAGCACAGAAAGUUUUUAAGUAAAGAUUAAUGAGUUGUUUUUAAAGUAGCUCUAUAUAUUUUGUAGAAUAGUUUGAAAAACAAGAUGUUCAUAACAAAUACACAUAAAUAGUGUUCUUGUGAUCCAACAGAAAUUUUCAAAAUUCAUUUCAUCAUGAGCCUUAGUGAGCGUUCAUGUUGGUCACCACCGAUUUGCCUGCAAAUUGAAAGGAUAAAUGGUGAUUCCAGAUUAAUUCAGGAUAAGGAAGGCAUGUACAGAUUUUAGCGACAAAGGCACAUUAUUACUGAUGCCAAGUCAUCCUUUAUUUCUUGUAGUGUCUCUGCUUUUUCAAAUAUGCCUCAAAUCAUCAUUUGAAUAUUCAGGGAACUGUUCUGACAAUAUAAUGAUUAGAACUGACUCAUUUUUCUAUCAUCACUAUCAAAAUGGAUCCCUACUUGUUUGAAUAGAUAAGUAUGUCAGCAAGGAUUAGGAUUAAGAUUCAGUCACAUAAAACAUCAUGCUGCACUGAUACAGUUAAAACCUUUAAUAUAAUCUUAUCAAAAAUAGUAUCUGGGAACCCUCUAGAACAUAAUAGAAAAAGAGUUCUUCAUAUGGUAAUGGAUUCAAUUACCUUGCUACCACUCUAAAGAUCUUACAUCUUUUUGACAUGUCAAUGUUAUUUCUUUUGAUGAAUACUACAACUUUUGGUCAGUUGGCUUAUUCAUGAUUUCACAGAAUUAAUUUGUUACUGGUUUAUACUUCCCUCAAGCAGGAAAUGUACCUGUUAUAUAAUAUUAUCAUGAAAAUUGUGCACCCAGUACCUAAUUAACUUGAAGAAAAAUUUGGACAGGGCUUUUUUAAGAGGAAUUUCUCACAGGCAGUAUUAUUAAACAUGUUAAUAUCUGUGUUCUCAACUCAUUCAGAACAUGGGCAAAAUAAUCACCACUUUGAUUUAUAGGAAUUUGCUUUCUGAGCAGGAACUUAACCCAAGACAUUGGUUUUCAAACACAUUUCAAUUCUUAUUUAGUAGGAGCAAGGAUUACCCCAUACUUCAUCAACAAUAAGUUACUCUCCUGUUAAACUUGCUGCUAAACAAGGAGCUACAGGCCUAUUAAAAUCCAGUUAAACAUGCAUCACAUUGAUAGAUAUAAUUAGAACAACUGUAGAGGGUAAAUGGCUCAAGCACUGUAGCUGCAAGAACUGUAGAUCAGUGUUACAAGGGAAAAUAAUGGACAGUCUGCUAGGGAUUUAUUUCUGAAAUGAUACCUCGUUACUGUAGCAAUUUUAUAUAUUACCUUUUAGCUAUUUUUCAUAAUUUCUCUAACCACUGGGAAAGGAUUGUUUUGCUUUCCCAUUUGCUUCUACUAAUAAGGAUAUUGUGUCUGCUUUCAUAGGGAAAAUCAGACAUUUUAGUAACAACAUAGAUUUUGCAAUAUUGCUCUACACUAUCUAGCACUUAAAGAUAUUUUUAAAUCACUUUUUCAUUUUUCUAAUGUUCACUCCUCAAACUAUCAUAUAAAACUUAGAUAUAGAUCUAGUUGUCUUUCUCACUGGGAUGCAAUUAGUAGGAACUGCCACCCUAAACGCUGCAAGAAUUAGGUAGCAGAUGCAGUUACUGGUUUCUUCACAUACUCUUCAACCCUCCCGCAGCAGCUCUAACAAUUUUUCUUCAUUUGGGUCUUUGUGAGACAUAGUGUUGUAUCUACAAGAAGGCAAAUGUAGAAUUUAUUGACUAUUUUUGGCCCUCAUAACUGCUAAGUAUGGAAGUCUGCACAGAGGAGUUGGUUUUUUUUGGAUUGACCAUCAUUGACAGUUAAAGAAGUUCUUUAGGAAAAGAAGUAUUACUCACAAUCAUAGCUUGUAUGCUUACCAAAGAGAAGAAUAAAUUAUUUUCUUCAAUGCAUUCUUUAUUCUUAGUCCUUCAGGAUGGCUUCACUCAUUUUUUUAAAACUUAUUUUGAGUAACCACAAUGUUCAAGCACUAGUUUUACCACCUUAUAUGUUACAAAUGAGUAAGAGUUAAAUUUUAUGUUCAAGAAGCUUCAUAUUAAUAAUGAAAGAAGUACAGAAUAGGAACGAAAAUACCUAAUUCCUUGAAAAGAGUACAACUGAUGCACUCACACCAUUCAGAUAGAAGAAAUUUUCUUCAUUUGUAGUGCUCAAAGAAGUUUUUGUGGGGCAAGAAAGUAUUGAUUUGUCAUUGAAGGAGCCUAAAUAUGUAUGAGUGGGAUAUGAAUUUCAUAUUCAUAUAGUGGGAUGCAGACUGAAGUGAGCAAAGGCAAAGACAAAGGAAAGGCCAACGUGAAACAACAUAUGAGUAGACAAUGACUUCAGGAGAGGAGUCAUCCUGGGGAAGAGUGAAAAAUAAGGAUGUUAGCUCAUGGUAUUAAUAAAGUGAGAAGGAUAUCAAUGGACUGUCAAAGAACUUGAAUGCUUUAUGCUCAAAUAAACAGGAAAAGGUAUAUAAUGCAUUUUUAUCUUAUGGUCUUGAGUGUUUAAUGUGAGAGUUAUCUUUGUAACAUUUUUAAGUACACAGUACAGUAUUAACUAUCUGUACAUCUUGUGCAGCGGAUCUCUAGAGCUUGUUCAUCUUACAUAGCUUACACUUUAUAUUCCUCAGUUGGAAAGUCCACUUCUCCCAUCCCUAGCCCUCGACAACCACCACUCUCCUCUGUUUCCACGAGUCUGCCUAUUUUAGAUGUCUCACAGAAACACAAUCAUGCAGUAUCUUUCUUGUGACUGGCUUGUUUCACUUGGCACAAUGCCCUUUAGGAUCAUCCAUGUUGUUUCAAAAGACAGAAUUUCUUUCUUUUUUAAGGGCUGGAUAAUAUCCCAUGGUAUGUAUUCACCAUACUUUUUAAAAUCCAUUUAUCUAUCUGUGGACGUUUAAGAUGUUUCCACUUCUUGACAAUUGGGAAUAGUCCUGAGUGAACAUGCAAGUGCUGAUAUAUUUGAGAUUUUGUUUAUUGAUAAAUAGUCAGAAGUGAAAUUUCUGGGUCUUAUGGUCAUUAUAUUUUUAAUAUUUUGAGGAACCACUAUACUGUUAUCCAUUGGUGGCUAUACCAAUGCUGUAGAAGUGCUCCAGUGUCUCCAAAUCCUUCCCAAUUCCCAUUGUCUGUCUUUUUUUCUAGCCAUCCUGAUGGGUAGGAAAUGUACCUCAUUUUGGUUUGGAUUUACAUUUCACCCAUUAGUGAUGAUGAGCAUCUUUUCAUCUAUGUGUUGGCCAUAUGUAUAUCUGCUUUUGAGAAAUGUAGAUUGAAGUCCUAAACCCAUUUUUAAACUGGAUAGGUUGUUUUUACUAAUGAAUUGUAAGGAUUCCUUACAUAUUUAGAAAUUAAUCCCUUAUCAGGCAUAUGGCUUGCAAAUAUUUUUCCUAUUUCAUAGAUUGUCUUUCACACUAUUGAUUGUUUCCUUUGCUGUAAAAAUACUUAGUAAUAUCAUGAGAAAAUUUUCCCAAUUUAGAGAAAGAUAUGGACAUCCAAAUACAGUAAGCACAUAGAAACCCAAGCAAAGAUGAUCAGAAAAUAUCUUUACCACAAAACAUUAGUCAAAUUUUCAAAAGUGAAACAUAAAGAAAAUAUCUUAAAGUUUUCAAGAAAGAAAUGCCAGGUUGCCUUUAAAGGAUCUCCAAAUAGAAUGACAGCAGAGUUUUCACCAGAAAUCCUACAGGCUAGUAGAGAAAGGAAAACAAUAGUCCACAUUGUAAACAAACAAACAAACAAAAAAAAACCACCAAAACAACAAAAAACCUCUUUCAACCUGGAAUAUUUUACCCAGUGGACUCCCAUCUAUAAAUGAAGGUUAAAUAAAUAACGUCCAAGAGUACUAAAAGUUGAAUGAAUUUGUUACCACCUGGCCAGUUUUCAAAAUGAUACUAAAGGAUGUACUAUACUUAGAAACAAAGAAAGAUAAUGAAUGUCAUGAAAGAAUGUGAAGGCAGGAAAACCUCCUAGCGAAAGAACAAAGGAAACUGAAGAGAAACAAUAGGAAUAUUUAUGGAAAAAUGGCAGGACCAAGUCAUUAUUUAUCAAUAAUAUCCUUGAAUGUAAAUGGAUUAAAUUUUCCAAUUAAAAGAUAUGGACAGGCUAAAUGGAUUAGAAAAUAAAAUCCAUCUACACACUUUCGACAUGAAACACACUGCAGCUUUAAAGAUAGACAAAGACUGAAAGUGAAAGCAUGGAAAAAGAUAUUCCAAGCAAAUUGAAAUAAAAAAAUGAACAGGAGUAUGAAUACUCAUAUCAGACAAAAUAGAUGUUAAGGCCAAAAGUAUAAAAAGAGACAAGGUAAUUAUGUAAUGAUUAAGGGAUUAACUCAACAGGAAGAUGUGACUAUAGUAAAUCUAUAUGCACCAAAUACUAGGGAACCCAGAUAUUUAAAACAAAUGUUGCUCAGAGUCAUGCUGCCAGAGGCUGGGCGUGCUGGGAGGGGGCGAAGAGAUGCUCCAGGACACAGACGCAGAUGAAAGGAAGUGAAGAACUGAUAACUAAACUUCAUGAUCAAGAAGAAAUAAGUAUUCUUCAUUGCUGGAAAUGUAGAAAACGGAUAGCAAAUUCUGGUUGCUUCAUGAAAUAUCUUGAGAAUCAAGUGAAUACGGAUAAACGUCAACAUUCAGGUGAUGAUCAGAAUGUUUGUCACGUGUGGCACAUGAAUAUAGAAGCACUUCCUGAAUGCAUAAACUGCCUGAUACAAAAAGCCCAGUGGACAGUUGGAAAACUGAAUUGCCCUUUCUGUGGGGCCCAUUUAGGGGGCUUUAAUUUUGUCAGCACUCCAAAAUGUUCCUGUCACCAGCCUGCAGCUGUACAUCUCUCCAAGAGCCGGACCAAUUAUCAGCCAGCACAGGCAGGCAGUCUAAUGAGGCCUUCGCUGAACUACUUGUCACAUCCUAGAGUUCAGUCAGGUUGUGACAAGGAAAUUCAGCUGACAGGCGGUGGCUCCCAAAACAGAAAUCAUACGCUUUUAAACAUGGCCCUAAAUAACAAUGGCCCUGGGAGAUUAACAGAAGCACUCUGCCUGGAGGUACGAUCAACGUAUUUCCAGAUGAAGAACGAAAAAUUGCUCUUCAGAACAAAUCCAAAAUACCAGCUUGUUCCCCAGCUUGUGACUGGAAAAUGCACUACAAGAGCUUUUCAUAGAAAAUCACAUAGUUUGGAUCUGAACAUCAGUGAGAAACUGACUUUAUUACCCACUUUGUACGAAAUACAUAGUAAGACUACCGCCUAUCUCAGGCUCAAUGAAACACCGCCUGUUGACCUUUCAGGUUUGCCUUGACAAUCUGCUAAAAAUAGCUGUUUCUUUCAGAAUCCAUCCAGUUUUGAUCCUAAUGUACUGCUGCAAAGAUUUUCAGUGGCUCCCCAUGAGACCCAGACACAAAGAGGAGGUGAAUUUCAGUGUGGUCUAGAAGCUUCUUCCGUGUAUUCUGACAAUACCAAUACUACUAGCAACCUGACGUUUCUCAUGGACCUGCCCUUGGCUGGCAGGAGCAUGCUGGAUACCUCAGACCAUGAAGAGCACCUCUCCCCUCUGGACUUCCUGCGCUCGGCCAGCUUUCCAUUGGGUGCCAUUAAUCAGAGGCUAAAAGAGAGGAAUAAGUUGAGGAAGCUACAAAGGAAACGAUGAUGGCAUGAAAGAUGGCUACAGAAGCAGGUUAAAUACCCAGGAGUGGGAUUGCUGAAUCAUGUGACUUUGAACAAUGAGAUGAGUACAGGUGAUGAAAAUGAAUAUGCAGAAGAAAAGGAUAGCUACAUCUGUGCAGUGGGUCUGGAUGUUUAUUUCAACCCUGACAUGUGUUACCCUUGCCACCACAUCUUCUGUGAGCCCUGCUUAUGGACUCUGGCCAAAGACAAUCCUGCAAGCACUCCCUGCCCACUGUGUCAGACAAUUAUAUCUAGAGUCUUUUUCCAGACAGUUUGUUGCUCCAUGCAUCUGGGAACGCAUCAGAGAACGGCCCAAGUGCUUGGGCACCUGCAGCCAAGUGGAAAACCCCAGAAAGAAGCUCCUGACUUCAACCUGGCCCAGCUCUAAAAUCAGCCAUUUGGGGAGUGACCCAGCAGAUGGAAGCCCUCUCUCUCUGUCUCUCCUCUGUUUCUAUGUAACUCUGACUUUAAAAUAAAGAAGUCUUUUUGAAAAAGUUAAAAAAAUAAAAAAUAAAACAAAUAUUAUUUUAUCUAAUGGGAGACAUAAGACAAUAAUGAAGGACUUCAACACUCCAUUUUUAUCAGUGGACAGAUCAACAGAACAAAAAUCAACAAAGAAAACAACAGAUCUAAUCUACAUUAUCUACCAAAUAGAUCUAAUUGAUGUCUACAGAACACUUUAUCCCACAGUUGCAGCAUACACAUUCUUUUCAUCAGAGCAUGGAACAUUCUCUAGGAUAGACCAUAUACUAAGCCAUAAAAAAUUCUCAACAAAUUCAAAACAAAAAAUAAAAUCAUACCAUGUAUCUUUUCUGAUCACAAUGGAAUGAAGCUGGACAUUAACAAUAUAAGGAACCCUAAACAUUUUGAGAUUUGAUUAUUGUUUAUGGUCCAUGUCUAUAAUCCUGAAGGAUAGUGGUUUUUCUACCUACUACUUAUUGAAUUCUGUGUUUAGUGGAGGGGUAAGCAUUUGAUUAUGAAGAAAAUUGGAAGUAUGUCAUUGUAAAACUUAAAAGAAAAAUAAGAAAAUGAGGGAAAGAAAAAAUAACAAAAAGAAAGAAAGGAGGGAGAUAAGAUUGAGGGAGGAAAAAUGGGGUGGGGUGGGAAAUGUUAUGCUUUUAAACCAUAUAUAUGAAAUACAUGAAAUUUGUCCCUUUUUAAAAACAAAGAAGUAAAACAAAAGAAACCAUAUAAAAUACACAAACAUGCACAGGCAGAACGAUGAGCUCCUAAAUGAAAAGUGGGUCAUAGGAGAAAUCAAAAUAUACAUAAAAAAUUCCUUGGAAUUAAUGAAAAUGACAACACAACAUAUCAAAACUUAUGUGAUAUAGCAAAAACAAUGUGAAGAGAAAAAUUUAUGACAAUUAGUGCCUGCAUCAAAAAAUUGUAAAGAUAUCAAAUAAGUGAUCUAAUGGUGCAGCUCAGGGACCUAGAAAAACAAGUAUAAACCAAACCAAAAACUAGUAGGAGGAAAGAAAUAAUAAAAAUUAGAGAAGAAAUAAGAAAGAGAACUAGAAAACUAUACAACAGAAAAGUGAAAUUAAGAGCUUUUUUUUAAA